AAUCCAGCCCUGAUCCAUAAAAAACCGUAGAGCUUGCGAAGUGCGUGGAAACGUGGUGCCCGCCGUUACUUCUCCAAUAUGAAGCCGCUUAUGCUGCAUGGCCACGAGAGGGCCAUCACGCAGAUCAAGUAUAAUCGCGAAGGGGACCUGCUGUUCUCCUGCGCCAAGGAUCACUCGCCCAAUGUGUACUACUCGCUCAACGGGGAGCGCCUCGGCAACUUCAUCGGCCACGCUGGUGCCGUCUGGUGCAUCGAUGUCAACUGGGACUCGACAAAAGUAAUCUCGGGUGCUGGUGAUAACACUUGCCGUGUCUGGGACUUGGAGCGAGGAGUGAACAUAAACACAAUCGAGACAGCAACAGCAGUAAGAACAUGCAUGUUCUCGUUCAGCGGCCGCAUGCUCAUGUACAGCACAGACAAGGCUAUGGGACGUUUCUGUGAGAUUCACAUUGUCGACAUGGCUGACCGAAGACAGAUGGAGGGCCAAGACUCGGCCAUGGUGAUCCCUGUCAACCAGAGCAAGGUGACAAGUGCCCUUUGGUGGCACUACGAUGAUGGCAUCCUGUCAGCACAUGAGGACGGCACGUUGGCCACGUGGGACGUCAAGUCAGGCAUGCAGCUGAACCAGAUCAAGGGCCACAACCUGACCAUCAAUGACCUACAGUAUUCUAAAGACCAAAGCUUUUUCAUCACUGCUUCGAAGGACACCACCUCAAAGCUAUUUGAUGCGGACACCCUGGAGCACCUCAAGACUUACAAGACAGAGCGACCUGUCAAUUCAGCCGCCAUCUCUCCUAUCAGGGAACAUGUCGUGCUUGGUGGUGGUCAGGAGGCCAUGGAUGUGACAACAUCAUCCGUGAAAGCCGGAAAGUUCGAUGCCCGUUUCUUUCAUCUCAUCUUCGAAGAGGAGUUUGGCCGAGUCAAGGAUCACUUCGGUCCCAUUAACAGCGUUGCAUUCCAUCCAGAUGGCAAGAGCUACAGCAGUGGUGGUGAAGACGGUUAUGUUCGAGUGCACUACUUUGAUCCAUCGUACUUUGAUUUCCAGGUUGAGGUCUAAGUUGCGGCUAAUAAAAAAUUGUGUCCUGUC